UGCUCAUGGCAAGGGUCGCACCUUCACAAGCGUCAGGGUGGGGAACGAACGACACCGAGACGAUCUCGCUAUAAGAAAAGCAGUUGUCGUGUGUCUUUCUUAAUUAAUUGUCAAAGGGAUUCGCCCGCGGAUCGUCCCAUUGAGCACCUUCUGACUCACUCAAAACGACAAAUUGAUUCCAGACGCUGCGAACGCUAACACUGACCAUUAUGCCGACCACCGACAAGUACCCCAGCCUCACGGGCUUCUACGAGGGUAGAAGUCUCUUCGUGACCGGCGCCACCGGCUUUAUGGGAAAGAUUUUGGUGGAGAAACUUCUGCGCUCCUGUCCAGACGUUGGAUGCAUCUACCUGCUGAUGCGGCCGAAGAGGGGCCAACAACCCAAAACCAGACUGGACAGUCUACUCAACAAUCCUAUUUUCGACCAAAUUCGAAAAGAAAAUCCGGGUGUUUUUGAGAAGCUGCGCCUCGUUUGCGGCGACGUGAGCGAAGACGGUCUCGGAAUCGAAGACCAAGAAGUGCGACAAGAGUUGCUUGAAAAGGUGAGCGUCGUUUUCCACUGCGCCGCCUGCGUCAGGUUCGACAUGACCCUGCGCUACGCCCUCACCUUCAACACCAAAGGCACCAAAAGGGUGCUCGACCUAUGCAGCAAAAUGACCAAGCUCGAGUCCUUCGUUUACGUUUCAACUUCUUAUUGCCAUUGCGACCGGGACGUCCUUGGCGAAGAACCCUACGACGCGCCAUUUGAGCCGGAGCAGCUUUUCGAGUGCGUCGACUGGCUGCAAGAUGACAUGGUCCAACUCAUCACGCCCAAACUGAUAGGCAACCUGCCCAACACGUACGCCUUUUCCAAGUGCCUGAGUGAAAAACUGGUCACCGACGCGAGCAAAAUCAUGCCUGUCGCCAUUGCAAGACCCUCUAUUGUGACUGCCGCUUUUUCCGAGCCGAUCCCAGGCUACGUGGACAAUCUGAACGGACCGACGGGUUUGUUGUUAGGCGCUGGAAAAGGCGUCCUGCGUUCGAUGCACUGCAAGCCGGCGUACAAGGCUGAUCUGAUUCCCGUCGACCUGGCCUGCAACGGACUUAUCGUGAUCGCCUGGCACCUCGCAAAUUGCAGACCCUCCGAAGGACCUCUGGUUGUGAAUUUGACGACCACGGAGCGAAACCCUGUGAGCUGGGGCGAGAUCAUCGAGUACGGACGCAAAUUCAUCUACAUGUACCCGUUCAGCGGAGUCGUCUGGUGGCCGGACGGCUCCAUCAAGAACUCAAAACUGGCCCAUGAAUUUUGCGUGAUUUUCUUCCACAUCAUUCCCGCCUAUUUGAUCGACUGCCUCGCUGUCCUUUUCAGACACAAACCCUUCAUGGUGAACAUCCAGAAGCGUCUGCAGGGCGGCCUUGACCUUCUGCAAUACUACACGACCAAGGAGUGGAACUUCACGAACCGGCGAAUCGUCGAGAUCUGCGACAAACUGGAGCCGAGUGAGCGCGAAUGCUUCACCACGGACGUGAAACGCGUCCAGUGGGACACCUACGUGCGAGACAUGUUGCUCGGAACCAGACGUUUCAUCCUCAAGGACGACAUCAGCAGCCUGCCCAAGGCUAAGAGACACAUGAACAGGCUCUACUGGCUGGACCGUGCAUUCCGAAUUUUCGUCUACUUCAUGAUUUUCUGGAUGAUCUACUCAAGCUUCAGUACAACGAGUCACAUUCUGAGCUCCGUGUUCAAGUCCAGUCCGAUGCUCUCUGAGGUUGAGGAGCCUUCCAGUGAUUCUUGAUUGUGCAAUUUUAUUAAUCUUAGGCUUAUUUUAAUGAAGGGAAAACUUUGGAGUUGAUUACUUUUCUGCAUUUAUAUACGGCGCAGUCUAACUCACUAUAGCUUUUAUUUCAUUUAUUGUUAAAAAAUAAAGGUAUAUUUUACUUAAGAAAAAAC